GCUGUGAUUUCACUUUCUGAAUUUGAAAUUCUGCCCCAAAUUCAUUUCAAUCUCAUCAUCUACUCAAAUCUCAAUUCUUCCACAAGAAUAAUGUUUGUGCGACAUGGGUUCAUCUGGUUUUUGAAGGAAGACGAAAAGAAUUCCUGGAAGUUGCUAUUUUUGUUUUAUAUUUACGUCAACCUUCUUCGCUCUGGUUCCUGAAUUCUUUUUCUCAGCUGCUAGAACCGCACAUCCUCUUCUUUUCCUUGUUUUUGCCACCGUUUUAGUCGUUAUAGAAAAAAGGUAUUUUUUGAUGGAUGAUUAUACCACCAUGUUUGGAUCCAUCAAAGAAAAUAGUCUAGAUUUUGUGGUUACUAAUGAAAGAUCAUGUAAUGAUGGUUGGUUAGAGAGUCUUAAUUUGUCUUCUUCAACCCAUUUGGAUUUUUCAUCUUCUUACCUUCAUUCCUCAGACAUAUACAUGCCAUCUUUUGAUCCAAACCUUUGUCCAGAGGAAACAGAUAUGAAACCUCUUGAUGAUUAUGGUGAAGUCUUUGAUGAUAGACUAGUUCAGGCAAUUGAAUAUCUGAAUGAAAGGUGCAUAACAGACACUGACCUUCUUGUUCAAUUAUGGCUGCCUGUAAUUAGACAUGGCAAACGAGUCCUUACCACAGAGAACAAACCAUUCAUGCUUAACUCAGAUGGUACAAGCUUCUCGAAUUAUAGAGAGGUUUCCAAGAGCUAUCGGUUUGCUGUUGAGUAUGAUUCCACUGAGAUACUCGGUUUACCUAGCCGUGUUUUCUUGAAGAAGUUUCCCACCUGCACUCUAGAUCUUCGAUUCGUUACAGAAGCGAAUGAUCCACGUGUAAGUUAUGCUCAAAAGCUCAACCUUGUCGGGUGUCUUAACCUCCCUCUCUUCGAACUAGGCGGUGGACCUUGCUUGGGUGUUCUCGAGGUGGUGACAACUUCCCAGAAAGUAAACUUUCGCGAUGAACUUGAAAACAUCUAUAAAGCUCUUGAGGUGGUUGAUCUAAGGACUUCUGAGUUCUUGAUUCAUCCAAAACUAAAGGAUUUCAGUGAACCAUACCAAGUGGUACUUGCGGAGAUUCGAGAUGUUUUGAGAUCCAUAUGUGACACGCUGAAGUUGCCAUUGGCUCAAACAUGGGGUUCAUGUAAAGACAGUUCCCGUGCAUACAUCUCCAUCAUUGAAUCUGCUUCGUAUGUGUUCGAUCCUGAGAUUUUGGGCUUUUUCGAGGCUUGCUGUGAUCAGCAGCUGGUACAAGGAGAAGGUAUUGCUGGUAAAGCAUUGGGUAUGAACCAACCAUGCUUUACUGUUGACAUUGCUGAUUUUUGUAGGGCUGAUUAUCCUCUAGCUCAUCAAGCUAAGAUGUUUGGAAUGAGUGGUGCUGUAGCAAUACGCCUUCGGAGCACCUACACAGGAUUAAUGGAUUUCAUCCUUGAGUUCUUCCUGCCUCCUGAUUGCAAAGACCAUGAAGAACAAAGACAGAUGUGUAGCUCGAUCGCUUCUAUGAUUCAACAUAUUUCUUGGAGCUUGCAUGGGAUAGAUGAUGAAGAACCAGUUGAAGAAGCUUCAUUUUCAGUCAAGAAAACAAAUACUCGAGACGAGUCUUGGAUAUCCCAUAUGUUGGAAGCCCAACAGAGGGGUGAAAAAGUCAUUGUUUCCAUGGGAGUUCACAAGGAGGAACCAGAAGAAGGAUUUAAAGUCAUAAACCAAUUCUAUCAAGGACUCGCAUUCACCGACCCUGAAGGUCAAACUUAUCUGGAGUGGGGACCCAAUUCAAGAAGUCAAUCAUCGAGCGCCAAACGAUCAAAGGAAAAGAGCAGGGUGAAGAUAGAAAGAAAUAUCAGUUUGCAGGUUCUCCAACAAUACUUCCCCGGGAGUCUGAAAGACGCAGCCAAGAGCAUUGGAGUUUGUCCUACGACAUUAAAAAGGAUAUGCAGACAGCACGGAAUCAUGAGAUGGCCUUCAAGAAAGAUCAAGAAAGUAAGCCAUUCAUUAAAGAAACUCCAACUGGUCAUCGAUUCAGUCCAAGGUGCUGAAGGGAUGAUCAAACUCGGAUCAUUCUAUACAAACUUCCCAGAACUAAGCUGCCCGAUUUCACUUAGUCCCAGACCAAAGGUUAACGAUCGGGUUAACCUCUUAAAAUCUCAAACAACACCAUCCAACUCUUCAUUAUCUUCUUGCAGCCAUGGUUCUAGUUCAAGCUUAAAAUCUUGUGGGUUGCAAAAAAGGCCAUGCGGUAAUUCAUCUUUUACCAAGAACAUGCUUCAAGAAGAAACAAAGUUACUAGUAAGAUCUGAAAACAAUAAACUUGCAGAGGUUAUAGCUCCUGCACCGAAGAGCAGCAGCCCUAUAUCACAAGAUGAAUGUGCCUUCAGAGUAAAAGCUACAUUUGGUGAAGAGAAAAUCAGAUUCAGAAUGUCAAAAGAGUGUGGAUUUGGAGACUUAAAGCGCGAAAUAACAAGGCGGUUUAAUAAGUAUGACAUGGAGCAUAUGACAGUUGAGUACAUAGACGAUGAUUCGGAUUGGGUGCUGUUGACAUGCGAUGCUGAUCUUGAGGAAUGUAUGGAUCUACAUACAUCAACCAAUAAUCCAACAAUUAAACUCUUCCUUCAUCGGUCUUCAUUCCUGCCAAUGACCCAUCCUAACGACGAUAUCCACAUCUGGUAGUCGUUGCAUAUUCCACACCGCCGUUACUAGGUUCCGUUGGGGAUUCUUAAUUCUCUUUUGAUGUUGUUUAGAAAUGUUGUUGAGAGCUACUAGAGGGACAAUCAAGUCCAAAAGUUGCUAAAUACAGUGCAUUUGGAAGUGUGAAUCAAUCCCUUUUGUAUGAUACUCAUAUUCUAUGUGGAGAAAAUUUUAACUGUGAAGAAUCCAAGACUUGAAUUGCA